AUGCCUUCAGAUUCCGAGGAUGAGCAUCUGGCCUCGGCUAAGAUCACCGCCAACAGAGUUGUUGAAAUACUGCAAGAGCAAGAUGAUGAAAGUUCAGUCUCACAGAAAGCACCGCUAGACAGAACAGACGACAUUGUUCCUGACUCUCAACUUGUGAUGUUGAAAGAAAAGCCUUUAUUGCCUGGUCUUUUAGAAAUCACCCAAAAAAAUAAAAAAUCCUUAUCCAAGAAGAAGUGCUGGGUUUCUGAUAGUCCUGCUUCAAGCUGUAGUACUCUGGAAAGACAAACUUCCUGUAUGAAAUACACCUUUCAGCAAGAUGAAAGAAUUAUUAAACAUCAAACAUUUUGCUCAAUAUUUGAUGAAAAAUCACCAGGUCAGGGUCAAUGCAACAAAACACAAACACUGGAGCAACAACAGCCAGAUAAAGCAGCAAAGCUAACACCAGCUGAAAACCAAACAAAAACUGCAACACAUAUUAAUGACAGUAUGAAAAGAAUAAAUCAUACCUUUGAUAGAAGAUUGCUUCCUUCAAGCUCAAAGAAUGAUUUUUCUAAAACUCAAGGACUAUCCUUGGACUCUACAGAAAAGAUGUCUUCAAUUUGCUCCAUUAGAAAGUUGGGCGUUUCUGGCAGAAAAUUCGAUGAGGUCUGCCAUAAUACUGGAUCAAAAGAGCAAAACAAUCCACAAAGAGGCGACUGUUCAAAGAGACAUAACAUGGAUUUGACUUGCAAAAGUCGACUAAGUGAUGAGCGGAAAUAUUCCAUAAGGAAGGAGAGUACGAUUACUGAAACAAUGAUCAGUGCAAUUGCUGCAAAAUAUACAAAUGAGAAAAAAAAAACUCUGAACAAAGGUCUAGAUCUCCUCAAUAGAUCCGAAUGUGAUGAAUCACAAUUUCUUGGUAAAAUGCAGAGAAAGAAAUUGAAAGAAGAGAAGGGAACUCCUAAGGAACACAAAGGAGGGUCCACCAAUAAGAGUUUAAACAGGAAGAUUGAAGAUAGCACAACUGAUGUUUACCGUUUUGUUGGUAGUUCAGAUGAACCCACGAUAACACUGGGGAUGAAAUACGAGCCAGUACUUCAACAAUACUGUGCAAAUAAAAGAGAAACAGUGAAGAAAAAAAUGAAAAAUGGCCUUACAGAGAAAGUAGAGCACAAGGCUUCAAGAUGUAGAAAGAAAAAAUACUUCUUCACUGAUACCGAUACAGAUGGCAAAACCGAUGUAAGUUGGCUACGAGAAUCUAACAGAAAGAUUAAACCCAAAUUAGUGGCUUACACCAGACAAAAGAAACAAAACUUAGCUGAAAGCUCAGGAAAAGGAAAAGUGGCAACACUGCAAAGGAAGCAUUAUGAGAAAAGAUCAAAGUCCACAAAGCGAAUUGAGGCAACCAAUUCAGUAAAAGUCCAGGAUGGAAGGAAGAAGAGAACCUGUCCACGGAGAUCAACAGCGGCACGACCAUGUUACAAAGAAGUUUCAGCAUCUGAGUUUGAUAACAGUGAAGAAUCUCUUAGUUUCUCUCCACAAAGUGAAAGGAACUUAACCACGGGUACAGAUGCUUCAAGAAGGAUAGAAGUGGAAGCAAAAGAGAAGGGGCUUGGCAUUUUUGAAAAGGGAAAACAUCAUGGCAGUACAUCGAGCGGAUAUUCCACUUGGAUCAUCUAUUGAGGCUAUCUGGGUGAAACUGAGAAAUAAGAAGGGGGUGAUCACUUUAAUAGGAUUGUACUAUAUGCCCCCAAUAGCCUGCAGGAAAUUGAGGAGCAAAUAUACAGGGAGACUGCAGAUAGCUGUAAAAAUAACAGGGUUGUAAUAGGGGAUUUUAACUUUCCAAACAUUGACUGGGAUUGCCAUAGACCAUUGUUAGAUCUCAUAUUUUCCAAUGAGAAUCUGAGUCUAGUCAUAGAUUCAGGUGCAAUUUCAUUUUGGUACAACUUAUUGCAGCUUCAGAACUUCUUCGCAGUAAGACAGGCAAAGACUUCAGAUUGUGUACAUUUGCACAACAACCCCCUCCCCUUAGAUACUAUUAGUCAACAAUGCUGGGAUGUUCCUAUGUACAUUGAUAU